CCCUUGGGACUUAAAAUCUUGGCUGGGGAUUUAGCUCAGUGGUAGAGCGCUUACCUAGGAAGCGCAAGGCCCUGGGUUCGGUCCCCAGCUCCGAAAAAAAGAACCAAAAAAAAAAAAAUCUUUGGCAACUUUAGGCAAAAUAAAAUAAAGGGGUACAAAGGAGACUUUAUGGGGGGUAGGGAUUGAAAUAGAAUGAAGUACAAUGACAGACGUGUGAAAAUACUGUCACGAAAUCCAUCGCCAUAGUGAAUGCUUCCCUAAACCAUCAGCUCUUACUGCUGCAGUCCAAGGACUUGACUUGCUAAGUGUGUGGAGUCCCAAUUACUCUUGGUUUUGUGUGUUGGGAACCGAAGAGGAGGAGGGAGAGGAGGAGGAAGAGGAAGAAGAGGAGAAGCAGCAGCAGCAGCAAAAAGUGAGAAAGAAAACAGCAGGUUUACGGAAAGCAAAGAGGACAGCAGACGGAACAGUUGGUUGAUGGGCAGAGUUGUGAGGAAUAAGGUCAGGAUCUGGCAGGCAUUGUCCAGACUAGAUGGAAAGCCACCAGAUGUGGGGACAGAUGCUGACGCCCCCACCCUAGGUAUCACAAUAAGCCUUUUGUUGCUACUGUUUUAUUUCUAGAGUGAUGCCCAUUGUCAGUAGCUAUAGCAUCCCAGACAAUCCUUCCAGUGUGUUUGGCAGCAUGAAUUGCUCCUCACAAAGUGAGGGCAGCACAGUGUAGUAGGUACUCUGCCUCACAGGCCCAGAGUCUAAUAACAAAAGAGUCAUUAGUAAGGAUGAAUGGCAGGUGAGCCUCAGGCCUGGGCCUGUGGCUGGGAGGACUUCCCUGAGACAAUGGCACUUAGUCAAACUUGGAAGGAUCGGAGUAGAAGGCUCACGUAGACUCCAAGAUGCCUGUCUCCAUGGAAGAGUGACAGGACCUCCCCAGCAGGAGAAUUGACAGGUCAGGGUUCAGAAGGUCUGUGCUGGGUCUAUAGAAGGGCCUGAGAUGUAGCGAUGGAUGCCCAUUGGGUGGUGGAGUUAUUAUUGCCCGGGGAAGCCCAGCUGGCGUGGAGACCCAGACUGAACGUGUAAAGACCAGGGAAGAUACCAAGGGCCCAACAGGACUCUUGGUGUGUAGGGUGAAGGUGAGGGACACGUGCAGCCCAGCCCUAGGUUGACCUUUCUCCUUGACCUUUUUCUUAAUUUAAUACCCUAAUGCCUGCUGAGAUUAAUCAGGUCUGUCAGUCGAACAUCCCCCUUCCGGAUGAUGGUGAAGCGCGAAGGGAUAAGCCAUCUAUUUCCAGAACCUAAAGAGGUUUAGGAUUUAAAAAAGAAAAAAGUUUUCAAUUAGCUACUCCUCUCACCACACCUUGCCCCGGCCAGCUGGAUACUCGUGCAUCUUUGAGACCCUCUGAGAAGAUUGGAGCUUCCAGUUAAUGCUUAGAACUGCUGAAAUGGCCAAUCUGCCAUCUCACUGAUCCAAUCAGCUCCCUGCUCCUCAAAUCUGAUUUGGUUUUUAGACACUGAGACCUCAGGGCUGGGCAUCUCCACAGAUCCCUACAAAUUCCCCCCACAUGGCAGCCAGGGGCCUCACCCUUGCCCUGUGAGGUUAUCUGAUAGGAUUUUACCAGUUCCCUCAGCGCACGGGGCUAGCUGCUCACCAUCUGAAAGCACAGGUAAGCUCUCCUGACUUCGGUGACAAAUUACAAGGUAAGUAAGCAUCAGCAUUCUCAGAAACCAGGGUGGACACAGGGUGGGAGUGAGAAACAAGAAAGACAGACAGACACGCUUUUCUGCAAGGCAGUGUGCUAGGGUUCACUACCUCUGACUACUACAGGAUUUUGCUUGGAAAGGAAACUCAGAGAACAUUUAAUCCCAAACCCUGAGAUGGCCUUGAUUAUCUGCCAGACUGAGGAGAGAAAACAGACAUCUGAGUAGAAAGAAAGGCCUGCCUGGUGUAACUGGGGUUCUCCUAUGCCUCUGACAACUGCAUUUUGGGGAGCAGUCAUAUGGCAUAUUUCAGGGAUAUUUUCUGUGAGCUUACCACAAAGCACAGAAAAGCCAGGUGUGGUAGUACAUAUCUGUAAUCCCAGCACUAGGCAGGAGGAUUGCCAGUUUGAGGCCAACCUGGGCUAUAUAAUGAGCCAGGAGGAGAAAGAGGAGAAGAAGAGGAAGAGGAGGAGGAGGAAGGAAGAAAGAAUCUAGUCAUGAUAGAAUUGUUUGAUUUUGUUUGAGACAGAAUUUUACUGAAUAACCCCGGCUGCCCUAGAAGUCAUUUUGUAGUCCAGGCUGGCCUCGAAUUUUCUGCAACCCUAACUCUGCCGUUUGAAUGCCAAGAUUAUAGGUAGGAGUCACCACGCCUGGCAUGACAGCAUUUUAGAUGCAACCUUACAAGUACAUGACACCAACGCUUAAUCAAAAAAGACAGAACUUCAUUAGAAUCUACCUGGUGAAGUUUACUGAGAUGUCUGAAGCUUACCAAGAAAAACAGAACACACCAAAAUAUACAAUGGGCCAGGCAUGAUGACACACACCUUUGAUCCCAGCACUUGGGAGGCGGACUUAGGUAGAUCUCUAUGAGUUUGAGGCCAGUCAGGUCUAUAUAGUGAGUUUCAGGCCAGCCAGUGAGACCCCAUUUGGGUGGAGGGGUGCACUGGAGCUGGAGAAACGGCUCAGCAGUUAUAAGUACUUGCUGUUCUUCCAAAAGACAUGAGUUCGGUUCCUAGCACCCAGGUCAGAUUAUAACUCCAGCUUCAAGAGAUCCAACACCCUCUUCUGGCCUCCACAGGGUACUGGACACAUGUGGCACACAUACACAUAAAAAAAGACUAAAUAUUUUUUAGAUGUGCACUACAGUAAAGUGCAAUCAAUCAGAGAGAGCUUUGAACUGAUCAAGGAUGGAUAUUGGAGCAUGGGAGGAAGUCACAGAGGUAGGCUUUAUGUCCAGAGUGUCCAUAACUUUGUAUUUGGGUUCAUUGUACUUUCUUAGCCAUUCGGCCUUGGACAUACAUCCCAAGGGACAGACAACAUGGCAGCCUGUGUGAAGACCAAUAAAUCCCAUGUCAUCUUCAAGAAGGUCUCCCGGGACAAGUCGGUGACCAUCUACCUGGGGAAGAGAGACUAUAUAGAUCACGUCAGCCAAGUAGAGCCUGUAGAUGGUGUUGUAUUGGUGGAUCCUGAGCUCGUGAAGGGGAAGAAAGUGUAUGUCACCCUGACCUGCGCCUUCCGCUAUGGCCAAGAGGACAUUGAUGUGAUUGGCCUGACCUUCCGCAGGGACCUGUAUUUCUCUCGGGUCCAGGUAUAUCCUCCUGUUGGGGCCAUGAGUGCCCCAACCCAGCUCCAGUUGAGCCUGCUCAAGAAACUGGGAGAUAACACGUACCCAUUUCUGCUCACGUUCCCUGACUACCUACCCUGCUCAGUGAUGUUGCAGCCAGCUCCACAAGAUGUAGGGAAGAGCUGUGGGGUUGACUUUGAGGUUAAAGCAUUUGCCACAGACAUCACAGAUGCUGAAGAGGACAAGAUCCCCAAGAAGAGCUCUGUGCGGUUACUGAUCCGGAAGGUGCAGCAUGCCCCACCUGAGAUGGGUCCCCAGCCCUGUGCUGAAGCCUCCUGGCAGUUCUUCAUGUCUGACAAGCCCCUGCACCUCUCAGUCUCCCUCAGCAAAGAGAUAUAUUUCCAUGGGGAGCCCAUCCCUGUGACCGUGACUGUGACCAAUAACACGGAGAAGGUUGUGAAGAAGAUUAAAGUGUCAGUGGAACAAAUAGCCAAUGUGGUUCUCUACUCGAGUGAUUAUUACGUCAAGCCUGUGGCCUCGGAGGAAACACAGGAAAAAGUGCAGCCAAACAGCACUUUGACCAAGACGCUGGUGCUGGUGCCCCUCCUGGCUAACAACAGAGAAAGAAGAGGCAUCGCGCUGGAUGGGAAGAUCAAGCAUGAGGACACAAACCUGGCCUCCAGCACCAUUAUCAAGGAGGGCAUCGAUCGGACCGUCAUGGGCAUCCUGGUGUCAUACCAUAUCAAAGUGAAGCUCACGGUGUCAGGCUUUCUAGGAGAGCUCACAUCCAGUGAAGUGGCUACUGAGGUGCCGUUCCGUCUGAUGCACCCCCAGCCUGAGGACCCAGCAAAAGAAAGUGUCCAGGAUGAAAAUCUGGUUUUUGAAGAGUUUGCUCGACAAAAUCUGAAAGAUACUGGAGAGAAUACAGAAGGGAAGAAAGAUGAGGAUGCAGGCCAGGAUGAGUGA